GGGAGCAGUGCCGAAGAAAAAGCAGUCGUGCAGCAGUGGUUGGAAUUCCGGGUCACUCAAGUAGAUGGACACUCCACUAAAGACGACAUCCGCAUUCUGCUGAAGGAUCUUAAUUCUUAUCUUGAAGACAAAGUCUACCUUACGGGCUAUAACUUUACUUUAGCCGAUAUUCUGUUAUACUAUGGACUUCACCACUUUAUAGUUGACCUGACGGUUCAAGAAAAGGAGAAAUAUCUUAAUGUGUCUCGCUGGUUUUGCCACAUUCAGCAUUACCCAGGUAUCAAGCAACAUCUGACUAGUGUUGUCUUCAUCAAGAACAGACUGUAUACCAAUUCCCAUUAGAAGUUUCCCAGGCCAUACAGAAGCGUUAUUAAAACGGACCACAGGACUAACAUAAAUUGAUAGUCAUUAUUAGUUGACAAGAGCUAAAUUUUAAAGUGUACACUUAUGUUAGAAUGUUUAUUUGUUCUUUGGUUGAAAUUUUGCAAUUUUUUUAUGUAAAAACUGUUGUCAAAAUCAAGUCUUAAAUUACCUUGUCUUAUAGGUGAAAUUUUAAUAAAAGUUGCAAAUCAGUGGUUUAAUCCAUAAGGAAAAACAGUGUUUUCCAUGGGUGAUGUAUUUGGCUAUUUGUUGACCUCUGUUUUGUAUUUUAAAAUUCAUUUUUCCCCCAUGGACAUUUAGCUAGUUUGUUUAUUAUCAUCUAUAAUAAAUUGUGCCAAGGAAAGGGAAGAAA